AUGAGUGAAUCAAUGGACAUUGCUUUUCUUCUAGUUACCAUGUCACCAGUGAACAGUUGUCCGUCUGAUGUGGCAGAUAUGAUUUCAUCCAUUAUAAAUCCUAUAUUAGAAAAUAAUUGUGAUACUCAUUUAGCAUUAGUCAAAUAUAAAUCUGAGAAUGAUAUUCGUGUACCAACAGUUUAUCCUUUUACAACAUCAGUCAGCACCUUCAAAAAUUGGUUUACUACUAGUGAUGCACCAGUUCAACAACAUAGUCAUAAGGGAACUAUAGAAAUCCUUGAUAGUUUAAGAAUUGCGCUUGAUCUUGACUGGCGUACAGCGAGUGAUGAUCGAUGCCAUGAAAAGAUUGUAUUUUUGAUUACUGAUGGUUUACCCUGUCAGAAGUUCGUCAAUCCAAAAAUAAUCGAAAAUGAUGAUAACUUAUGUGCUUGUAAUGAUCUAUGGGCAAUGUCCGAUGAGUUUGUCAAGCAAAAUAUGACAAUAGUGAUUAUAGGCUUUGGCUCGAUCGUUACUAUAUGCGAUGAUUUCUAUGGAUCUAUAGCUAAAAAUACUGGUGGUGAAUAUAUACCGAUCACAAAUGCUAGCAAUAUUUUGUGUUCGUCAAUUCAAGCAAUUCUAACACAAGGAGAUACAUUAUCACAAUCACUUCGGCAUAUCAAACGUGAAGAAUUCGAAAAAAAUUCAUCAUAUCAUCAUUCAAUUAUGCGAAACAAAGAUCAAUCUGAAAUGAAACAUUCCCAAAUCAUGGCUCAACAAGGAGCAUGGCUACUAAAUAAGCUGUGUAGAGCUAACUUGUAA